UUUCAAGAGAGAGAAGAUAAAGAGAACCUUUUGUCUUCCCACUAUGUCACACAGAAGCUGAACCAAGCACACCUUCUUCCCCUUCUUCUUCUUCUUCUUCCUCCCUCUGCUCGACCCAUGAAUCCUCACAAGACCGAAGACCAUCUCUUCCAUCACCACCGUGAUCUGGGCCCAUCUCUCCAGAUAAUCCAAUCUCAGCCUUCUAUUCUUCCCCCCGACAAACCCCCCGAGUCCGCCUUCUCCCUCCCGGAAAUCGUCCUCUUCCGUUCAUCCUCUUCUGCGGAAUCGCCCAGUCACUCCUCCUCAGACAACGACGAUGCCGGAACGGCCCAUCCCUCGUCCGCCCUAACCACUUCCACAACGAAUCACCAGACCAAUGUUGCUGGUGAAAUUACCAAUCGGCCCCUAGAGUGCAUUUCCCCCGAACCCCACAUCUCUUCGCAGUUUUACACCUUCAAUGCGGAGUCGCACUCGCUCAUGAUCCAGUGCAUCCGAGAGCAACGCCUCGCGACCCCCAUGGAGAUCUGCGCUGCCACUCCACGCUCCGUUCUCAAGUCCUGGCGAGCCGUGUGGAAGGACCGGAACGAAGACACUGCAUACCUCACCGCUUGGAAGCGCAUCCAGGAUAAGCUCACGUCGCACUUGGACCCUUCCUCCGGUAAAGAAUUCCUCUGUUUUAAGAAUAAUUCUAAUCAAUUUGUGUCUCACGUUAAUCAAUGGCAAGACAUAGUCAUGAGUUUUCACGGCGACGCUGAUUUAAAGCAUUUAGGGCUUAAAGAAACCAUAGAGAGAAUCAAGCAAGUUUGGACUGUAGGUGCUAAGUUCUAUGGAAUUCCUGAGAGUUACAUUAGGGUUUGUGUUGCUGCCUGCCCUGUGUGUAAUGCCGCCUCAGGGUCAGCUUCAAGGAGUAAAAGACGUCGUUUUGAAUACACAGAGUCCUUUGAUGUUCCGGCCAAGGAAGUUCCCCAUAGGUUGCAACAAUUGGCAGCAAAACACAAAGUUGUUCUUUGUAUUAGGCAGAAGUAUAUUAGGAAUAAGCCCUUUAUGGCUGAGGUGAAGGAUUAUGCUUGUCAUAGAGCAGGGGAACCUGCUGCUAAGAAGUCAAAGAUUUUAAAGAGGGAACCCUAUGCAUCAAAGAGAUGUGGGUGUGGCUUCCGAAUUAGGGCUAUAGUGCCAAUUACAAAUUAUAAUGAGAAGGAUAAGACUUUUGUGUACCAGGAGGAAGGCAUGGCUGUUUUUAAGUUAUAUGCAGUACAUUCUGGCCAUGAACCAGGGCCUUUGGAUGGGAAUGCAAGGAUAAUGCACAGGGUUGUGGGGCAUAAAGGAGGGUUUUUAAUGGAUCAAGAUAUGGUGUAUGGAGUGAGUGAGGAUAUGGAAAAUGAGGGUUUUGGACUGUUGGGGAAAGAUGAAGGGGAUUUACAGCUUGCGGUUUUGCAGCAAGUGCAGGAGUUGAGAGCUGAAGUUGGAUUGUUGGAAGGGAGGAUUGCGAAAAUCCCUCAUGACUUAUUGGGUUCUGUGUCUCAACAGCUGUUUGAAGUUUUAAAUAAACUAAGAUGUUUAGGGGAAGAGGAUCCAAAGUUGGAAUUGCUUUCUGAAAAACCCCAUUCAGAUGAUGUGCUUGUUGGGGAGAAUGAUUUGGCUCACUGGAGUAAUCACCAUCAGGACACAGAAUUGAUUGAGGAUGAUGAUGACAGUUUUGGACGUUCACUUGUUACUUGGGAGCACAUGAGGACUGAAUGUAGGAGUCCAAAAGAUUUGAUAGGUGAGGCUUGUAAGUCUGAUAAGUGGUUGAAAUGCAGUGCUUUUGAUGAGAAGAGCAUUCUUGACUGUGAAGAUACUAAACUAACCAAGCCCCUGAGACAUGAUGAGGCAAUAGUGGCAGAUGUAGGUCUUGUUGGUAUACAUGUUGAUAGUUUUUACCAGGAGAGUUCUAAAUGGUAUGAUUCUCCAUGUGGACUGGAUUCAGGCACAGAUUGUGAUGACAGUGGAUUCAGACAUGGUGAGAUUGUGUAGGGUCAUAAACAACCUUGUUAACCAACUCUAACAUAGUCAUGAAUUUAUAUGGUGCCUCUUGAUUGCUUCUGCUGCUGGGCACUGGAUUGUACAUUCAUGUAUACUAAAGAUUGGAGCCUCUUACAUGCCUUUAGUUGUCUAUUUCACUACUUGUCCCUGUAAAGUAUAGUUAUUAGGCUUCUUCGUGCAUACGUUGUUUGUAACUAUUUGUUAACCACGUUUUGGCCAUCCAAAAUUCACAAGUUGUGUUCUUCUUAGAAUGAAAAUCAGUGACUGUGUUCUUUUUAUCUACUUCUCAUCUUUGAUUAUUGUGUGUAAGGUGUUGUUCAUGUUUCCCAUUUUACAAUUAUCAGGUUAAACCAAGAUGUGGUGGAUUUCAUGUGCUAGAUUUCUCUGGUGUUGUGUCUGACAGAAGGUAGUAGAAUACCAGUGCCUACCAAAAUUCACUCUUGGUAAAACUCAAAAGUUAGUACUUAGCAAUAAGAUCUCUUUGUGCUCCUCUCAGGUCUGAAAUUUUUGCAGGAAAGAUUAUUAAUACCCUCUUUUAGUGAUGAGUAAAUUGAGUUUUUUAUAUUCUUAUUCAUUUACCAGAUGGAAUAACCUUUAGAGCAUGUU